UUGAUGAAUGUUAUGAUAUGUGUCCUACACCUUGCGAAAGAAUAAUAUUUAAUUAUGUCGUGGAGAAAAGACCAUUUGAAAAUACAAUGAAGAUUCUUAGUCCUGGUGAAUAUGAUAACAAUACUGAAUCUAAUGAAGUCCUGAUCAAACUAAUGAAUGCAUCAUCUCAUGUAAAUAUAAGCGGAAAAACAAUAAUAUCUUUCGUCUUUGAAGACGAUACAAUUGUAGAAUACAAUUAUAAAACAGUGGUUACACCAACAGAAAUUAAUGGAUAUAUUGGUGGUUAUAGCGGGAUGUGGCUCGGGUUAUCAUUGAUCGCAUUGCUUGAUUUCCUGGAACAUAUAUUUGUAUUUUUCUAUUGUAUUUUUUGUAGUAAAGAAUUGCGAUGCUAAUUUCUAAUUUACUAAUUUUACUAAUUUAACUUUACUAAUUUAAUCUUUAUAAUAUAAAUUUCAUGUACAGAAUUGUAAAUCGAAUGUAAAAGU